CUACCUACACAUGUAUCUAGGUAAACAUGCGACAUGAUAAUAUGCAUGAUAGUUACCUGCCAAUGGCUACCUAGUAGCCUCUAGUUUACCUACCUACUUAGGUAAGUAUCAUGGGGGAUUCAAUUGGAAUAGGAAUGGAAGAUAGUAUAUCCUUUCAUAUCUCUGUAGUAAAGCUGAAAAGGCUCUGGAUAUCAACUGAUUUGUUCGUAUAGUUCACCUUUUUUUAAAUACCCCCAACUAUAUCAGCGUUACAGUGACUACCACCAGCAUGUCUGGGCGCCGAACACGAGAUAUUCUCCACACGGAAAUGAACCCUUGUAUUGGGAAGACACGUUAGAACCCUAGCUGUUCAAAUGGCUAUAAAAGAAUGAAGAAAUUGGCAUCAAUAUCUUCAGAGGUUCUCUUCUGCUGCUACUGCUGCACGAACAGUUGCGGUUUUCACGAUGAGGUACGCAAAAGUUCUGUUAGUUGUCACGCGCUGUGCCACGGCCCUCGCAGCUUUCGUCCCAAGGAGUCAGCACAGCGAAGAAACUUCUGUGUUGGAGGUUACGCUAUUUUCUUCCACAACGGGUGUUGCUGCUGAACUAGUCGCAACUAUCAAGAACACUGGUGCAACAGACCUCAACCUAUUGAAAGUGGGCACUCUCCUCGAUGAAGCUCUCCCAGUUCAAAAGUUAUCGGUAGCGGACGAAUCAGGUGUUCAGGUAUCUUUCAAGGGCAUCCACACCAGCAUCCAACCUGAUGCUCUCAAACCCGAGCACUUCCGCCUUUUGAAGGCUUCCGAAUCUAUAGAUGUUGUUAUAAGUGCCGCUGCCCUCCACGAUUUUACCAAAUCCGGAAUCUACACAUUCUCAGCCACAGGAUUGAUGCCGGUAGCCCAGGCCGGGUCUACCGAGCUAGCCGGGCCCGCGAUCAGCUUCAGUUCCAACACCAUCAGCAUAGACGUUGACGCAGGGUUAGCCGCUGCGGUGACCAAAGCCAUAACCUUCAAAGGUCUUCAGGAACGCACGAACAUCCGCGAUGGCUGCAACACCACUGAACUUGCUGCCAGCACCUUAGCCCUCUCUAAUUGCGAGUCACUGGCUCUUGCCGCUGCCGCCGACGCCGCUGAUCCAUCAUCGGCCCGUUUCGUCGAGUAUUUCGGGACCAACUCCUCCGAGACGCGGCAGAUCGUCCACGACCGACUGACGGCGGCUGCGAAGGAGUGCUCAACGACAGAUUCGGGGAUUUCAACAUACUACUGCUACGACUAUUACCGUGUAUGCGAGAUCGACGGACCUUUGAACGCGUACACAGCAUGGGACAUGGACAUUGUCGUGAUGUGCCCACUAUUCUAUAACACACUGCCACCGCUUCCGCCAGCCUGCCACAAGCAGUCUCAAGCCACUACCACUAUUCACGAGAUGACACACUGUGAGGAAGUAUAUAGUCCUCAUACUAACGACUAUGUGUAUGGGUAUAAUGAGAGUGUGGCAUUGCCCCCAGAACGAUCGCUGAACAAUGCAGACAACUAUUCCUUAUAUGCAGGAGCUGUGCAUUUGAAGUGUUAGAUACCUAUUUUGUAUUGUUAUAUAAUCCAAACCGGGAACGCGGUUACGAAGACAUAAAUUUACUACUUCAUUACGCGUUCGAUACCCAUAGUUUACGUGAAUGGAUGCUGAACCCUUAAUAUGAUGAUUGUUUUCAAUAUUGAUUGGCCUAAGAAGUA